GCCGCUGUCCGGCAGCAAUUUAAAGGGCCUAGGGGUUCCAGAGCUGCCACUGUGGCAAGAGAGAAGGUGGUGGCAGGGAGCUCUGGGUCAUUUUGAAUCUCUGGGUCCCAGGUCAAUUGCUUCCUUUGCCCCCUCUUGUUGGUGGGCCUGGAACCACUGUGACAGUAUUAUGCUAUAAAAUGCCAAUGUAUUAUGCUAUGAAAUGCCAAUGUGGCAUGACAUAAGUGACGUAUUGUUAAACAAUCUCAGAGGGAUAGCCAUGUUAGUCUGUAAUUUUAAACAAGGAGUUGUCCUGUGGCACUUCAGAGACUAACAAAAGUAUAUAUAUUUUUGUUAGUCUCUGAGGUGCCGCAGGACUACUCGUUUUUAUUAUUAAUCAAUGUUACCACACUUCUUGGUAACAGGCCAUCAUGACGUUAAUGUACUGAUACAUUGAUAACACACAAUAGGACAUUCACCUGGAUCUAUGGCAUUGUGAUACUGCAUUAAUGCAACUUCACAAUGCCAGUGUACCACAGAGCUUUAGUAUGAUGCUACUGUGCAUUGGUGCAAUUUUGUGUUUUGAUUUAAAGUAUCAACUUAAGGGUCACAUCAAUUUAUGAUAUCUUCCUGCAGCACAGUGUUGAACUCAUACCCACUAAAGAUAUUUCUACCUGAAGUAAGGACGUUUCCAUAUAAUGGGAUGAUGUGCUGAGUGAUGUAUUGAUGAUAUAUAGCAUGGUGGUAUGACUGUCACCUCAAUACAAUAAUACACUACUAGGAACUGAUGAGAUAUUGACACAAACUGUCAUUUUCAUUGUUUGUAUAUAACUGUGAUCUAUCAUAUAAAGCACGCUAUGUAAGGUAUUGUGGGCAAGGUUAUGAGCUGCUGUAAGUCAUUGUUCUAUCUAUGUCAUUAGUGCAUCUGAAGUUAUGAGAUUGUAUAGUAUGGUAGUCACUAAAAUGUGCGGUGACUUACGGAACUGCCCAGAUAUUAGCUCCCCAGAGACAACAAGGGAGGUAACCAAUGCCCAGGCAGCUAUCGAACAACUAUCAUCAGACAUUGUCCAGCAAGGGAAUUGCAAUUCAAUGACUAUUCAUUGAAUAGUGUGCGAUCUCACAACAGGGGAAUUGCCCAACCUUGCUGCAUGGCUCAGCAAUGCCCACCAGAUAUGCCUGGACUUGAGUUCUCCGAGCACAUGGAAUAUAAAAUAUAAAUUAUAUGGGGUAUAAAAUAGGAGACAAAGGCCGAACGAUUUGUCCUUUCUCCCCUCCCACCUAUGCUGAAGGCAACGAGAAGCAUAAAAUGGAAACAGAAUUUUCAUACAGCAACAUUAGGGGCCCAAUCCUAGGAAGGACUGAGUUUCUGAGCUCCCAUGGACUUCAAAUGGAGUUGAGGGCACUCUGCACCUCACAGGAACAGGCCUAAAUGACCUAAGCACACAAAUGCAACGCAACACAGUACAACAGGCCUUCCUUGUGCUUAGAGUACACGUCCAUGUUACUAUGGUUCCAAGAGUGAUGUCAUCAGUAUGUUCCGACCAUUUCUUAUGAUAGCUCUUAAGACAAAUAAAUGUCAACAAUAGGUUACCAAGGUACCACAUGGUGUAGCAAAAUCCACCCUACCUCUUUUAUACCAUUUUCUAAAAGAGAAAUGACAUUGUGCUGUGUUUUAAUCAACUAAACUCAAUGGGAUUCCCUUUUCUUUAUUUUUGGUGGCUUUAUUUACAUAAUGGUCCUCUAGAAGCCAGGGCCAGCCAAGAAUCAGAUUAUAGGGAAUGUGAUGGGGAUGAUGAAGACUUUUGUGGGAUUGUGGGGCAAAUCCUGCUUUCAUACUGUAUUGGCAUUUUGACUAUAACACUCAUCAACCGUGCUUAUGUUUGGAUCCUCCAGAAACACCAGGGCGAAGUGCGACCUUCUAGCAAAGAGACUAGCCAUUCAAAAGUUCCCAGGGACUCUGUCUGCAAGCGUCACAGCAGGUUCAGCAUUUGGGAUUUCUUCAGCAAGUUUUUCAAUGGGAAAACUAAAAAGCACCCCUGUCAGUCUGCCAAACCUGCCCACUGUUCAGAGGAGGCCACCGCCUGGACCUACUUAGAAAGGAAGCAGACAAGGCUCGUCGCAAAGCUAAACCGGCAGACUGUUUGUGAUAGUGACUCCUCAGACAUCAACAGCGAGGACUUGGAUUCAGAGGCAUCCUCGUGGAAGGAAAGUGAAACAGAGUAUAUCCCCACUAUGGCUAACCUUAGGCAGAAAAAGAAAGCACUGAAGCAAAGGAAUGCAGAGAGCCACUGGAUCAGGGAACAGCCCUGCCUCCGCUGCAAAGCCAAGAGGACAAGAAAAUGGCUGUCCCAGCAUUUCUAUAAUCCCAUGCCACCUGCUCACGGGAAGAGUAUUACAUUAGAAGAGAAUUCCUCCAUGCAUAUUACUACAUGACUUGCCUUCAUUUGAGCUGUAUUUGGGCCUUUGUUUGCUUGAAGUCACCUGCACUGGGUAGACAGAACCUGUGUGAAAACACAGCAUGGGAAAGUUCAAGGGAAUGACAUGUUUCAGUACUUGGCUACAGGCAAUAAAUGUACACAGCACAAUAAAUGUACACAGCACAAUAAAUGUACACAGCUAAUGUUCAUAUAAGA